AGCUACCUUACAUGAGUACGCGAGACUCUUUUUUAUCUCCGCUAGCUGGAUAUAAUAUGAUAUAUAUCUCCCUCCUCGAUCUGCCCCUAGCUAAGUAAUUAAUUCAUCUCGAUCGAUCGAUCUAAUCAUCUUAUUCGUUCUUUCGUGACACUAGUACUCCUCCUCGAUCAAUGGGUUGUGGCAUUUCAAUGUUUGACCCCGAAGACGGCCUGGCUGGCCAUGGCCCAACUUGUGAGUUCCACAAAAACAACGUUCACCCCAUUGAUCAUCAGGUCGACUUUGAUAAUUCUCAUGGCCGAAAAAGCAUUUCUUGGCCAGCAAAGGUCAAAGGUACGAAACAAAUCAAGACGAGGCAGGUCAUGUGUUCCGAGGACCCGACGGAAGAGAAAGAGCCUAGAAAGGAGAAGGUCAUGUCAGCUAGGAAAGUUGUGCAGGAACUUCGCAAGGAAGAGGUCGAGGAGGAUGGACGACGGAUCAAUAAAGAAGAGGAAAAAGAGAUUUGUCAUAAGAGGGAAGAUAGCCUAAUUGGUCCGGGAUCCCCGAGUUUUAAGGAGUACUGCAUGGAUAGUUCUACGUCGCGCGGCUGCAGCAACGAUGGCCGGAAUGGUGAUGCAGCAAAGAGUGACAACAAGCCACAAAAGGAGCUGGGGCCGCUGGAAUCCAACGCGCUGGUUUAUGGAACCCAGAUAGGCAACAAAAGUCAGAGAAAAGGAAUUAGAGGAUUUAGAAGUGUACUGUUACACAAGGGGCGCUGCAUAGCCAGCAGGAGUUAA